AGCGCCGCCGCCUGUCUAUCGACUACAUCUGUACAAGUAGUACAACAGACCAUCAGUAUUUUGAUACUCGUACGUAUCAUUGGUCUGUUUUGUAGUGUAGUUGUACGUUUUUUUCUUUCCCUCAUUAAUUUUUUCAAGUUUUAAUUGUUUUCUUUUUCUCUUGAAAUUUAUUUAUCUGCAUAAUUUCCUAUUUACCGAAAAUGUAUCAGCUCGACAAACGCGAGCUGUCUGGCCGUUCCACAACAAAUACGCGAAAAGAAUAAACGCUCAAAUUAAAUACGCCACUGGAUCAACAAGGCUUAUACAUUUUGGGUUCACAAUAUAGGUAGGUAGGUACUUUCAUCUGGAAAAUGGAUAGUUCCGAGUAUGAGUCAGUGAGAAACCUGACCCUGCUAUUCUUUUACGAAAAACUGAUAGACAAGGGCACCCCGCGGUCCCUACAUGAUCUCAGUUGCCAGUUUGGAUCGAAAGGAUUCACCAAAGAAAUGAGACAAAUCGCUGGUGGCUCUCAAUCGGGUCUCAAGAAGUUCUUAUCGCAACACCCGUCGUUGUUCACCGUCGAUGGAGACUUAGUUACUGCAUCUCAGAUAGCAGUACCGGUACAAACCAACACAAAUUACAAUCAUAAAGCCGUCGAUUAUUUUAAGGAUAAAUUACUGAAGUACGGAGUGGGAACGGAAGUACCUAUACGAUGCCUACUCGGACACCGGUCUCAAGCACCACCCGAGAUUCGACUGAUAUCGGGUCUACACAUUAAGGAAUUUCGAGACUUUUUAUUGAAAUAUGCCGAUGUGUUUACUGUCGAAGAAGACACUGUUAUACUUACGGAGUAUGCAGGAUUCGAACGUAAAUUAUAUGAUGACAGUGAUCAACGAGAAGUAAAAAUCGAUCCGGAAAUCACCAAACGUCUUUUAUCUUUUUGUGUACAAUGUUUGGAAUGCAAAGGACCAAUGUUAACCGAUCAAUUGUUUCAUAGUAUUUCUCUGCGUUUCACAGAAAAUACCUGGUCUCAGAUUUUCAAAACUCCAUCAGAUUUAUUUACUUUUUUGAAAAUGCAUCCCGAUCAGUUUAAUACACAAUCCAAUUUAAUAACGUUAACAAAAAAUGGUCCUAAACCAGAAGUUAGAAUUUCUCGGGCUCCUAUAGAAGUGGUACCAUUAACUCCGCCCAUGUCACCGCCAUUAUCUAAAUCGGUAAAAAAUCAGACUCUCAAACAGCGAGUCAAUAGUUUGGUUAUUAAGACAAUCGCAGAAAAUACCGAGCGUAAUAAUAAAACAUCAAAUGGUUAUGAUGAUGGUGAUCUAUGGAAAAUUAAAAUAUUGAACAACAUCAAAGCAAUUGUGACAAGCGUCAAAGAAUGUUCGAAUAUUGUCGAUAGGAUUAUAGCUCAAAAAUCGGCUAUUGGUAUAGAUUUUGAAGGAGUAUGUAUUGGAGCCAAUGGUCAAUUAAGUUUAAUGCAAAUUGUAAAUGAAGAUGGAUUAUGUUUUGUAUUUGAUUUAAUAGCUGGUCCGCAGUUAAUUAAAAGUGGUGGAUUGCAAACUUUGUUAGAAAGUGAAGAAGUACUCAAGGUUAGUAAAAUUUAUAUUUUUUAGAUAUGUAAACAUAUAUCUGUUCAAUUAGUUAAUUGAUACUAGCCUAUUAGAUAGCUGAAUUAAAAAUACAAAAGUAACACUUUUGGAUUUUUAAUUUAGCCUUUUUCACUUUUUACCUUUCUUUCUAGUUAUCUUAUGUAUAAUAUUAUGUUAUUCAUUGAAUUGUGCGUAUUAAUAUAGGUAGUUUCUAUUUGAUAAUACUACAUUUUAUCUGUAGUUUGAUAAGUAAGGUAAUAAAAUAAAAAUGAUGAAGUGUAUAUUCAAUAUUGUAGCAUCUGUUAAUGAGUUUCAAGCUAAGUUCUAUUUAUUAUAUUACUCAACGAUUUGUUAAAUUUUCUAAUUUGUGUUAAAAAAAUAUAUGUAUAAACAAAUUAAAAAUAUUAAAUAUUUGUUUACGUUCCUACCAACCAAUUGGUUGUUCCUGUGAAACAGAUCAGUUUUAUUUUUGUUCAAAAAUCUACAAAAAGUUAUUUUUAAAUAUUUUCUGUUGGGUUUUAUGUUUUACAAUAUAAAUUUUAUUAAACAGUAGUCCAGUUAAUAUAUACAAAAGUAAUACAUUUCAAAUACCUAUCAUGUUUUAAAAAACUUGUAUAAAUUAAAAGUUACUGAUUUAGGAUAUUUACCUAAGUCCUGAAUAUUUGUGAUAUUCUGUGCAAAUAUUUUAAAUUAAAUGUACUUUUCCUACAAAUUUUUUUAAAGUAUAUAAAAUAAACUUUCCAAGUAGGUUUCAGUUGUAAUAUUGAAUACCUCAAGGACCUAUCUAUUGAUUACAGUAACUAUAAUAUAACUAAUAACUUACUAAUUAUGAAACUUACACCAUACUAAUAAACUAAUAUAAAAUUAUUGUUAUAAUGGCAAUAUUUGUACAGCUAGAAAAUUAUUACCUAUUAUUAUUUUUAGGUAGGUACCUACUACCUGUCAUAUAAAAACUGAUAAUGUGUACCUACAAUAAAAAAAAUAAAUAAAUAUCUACCUAUAUAUUUUGUGAAUUUCCUAACUUACUUAAGAUAAAAUAUUUUCCAGAUAUAUUAACGCAAGUAGAUAUAUUUUUAAUAUUUAUAUUAGACUUUUUUUAUUUAAACAUUUUUUAGAAUUUUUUAUUUAAUAGAAAAUUACAUUAUUAGAUAUAUUUAAAAAUAUAUAUGUAUUACACUUGUCAUCAUUACAAAAAUAAAAAUAAACUUAAAUGAUUUUCAGUCAAUCAGACAUUGUCCUCGAAAGUGUCAUAUGAUUGGCAAACAUUCAUUCUAUUCAAAAUUCAGAAUUUCUAUUUUUACAUAGUUUGUGAUUAAAAUAUGCACCAAUCAAAUGCAUCAGUAAUUGAUUGACGGUGAACAUAACUUUAAACAAUUUAAAGACAUUAAAACAUUUAAAAGAAUUUUGAAAAGAAUAUUUUGUAGUUGCUUAUUUCUAUCAGAGCAAUAAAUUAACUAAAAUUAUGUCUGAAUCUAAUUUAAAAUAUUUUUUUUUACUAAGGUUUUACAUAAACUACAUUAGAUGCACGUAUUUAUGUACCAAUUAACUUUUGUGUUUUAAAGGUAAUUAUUUUGUUGAGUGUUGGAAAGUAUUAACUUUUUCCAGAAGUUAUUUUUUGAACAUAUAUAAAAUAAUUAACUCUGAAAUUUAACAUUACUCUAUUCUUUUUUUUUGUCAUCCUUAUUUUAGAGCGUGAAACUACUAGGUACCCACUUUAGAUUUUGAAAUGACAACUUGUAUUUAAAAUUCCAUAAAUAGGUUGAAUAUUAGUUUAAGUCAAUUUGGUGUUAUAAUUUUUAAUUUCUGUCAAUCUGUUGAUGAUAAAUUUCACCUAACCUCACAAGAAUUUCAAAAGUCUCAGCAAAGUUAGGCAAAUUACAUUUAACUUUAGUAAUUAAGUAAAUUACAAUUAUUUUCCUUAGUUAAGUUACAAAUUCAUGAAUAAAAAAAGUAACUAAUUAAUUUAUAAAUAACUAAUCAAAAAUUAAAAAACUAUAAAGUUACUUUUUAAAUGUCUUUUUUUCUAAUUACUAGUGAUUAUAAUAGGUACUUGUCAAAAGUGUAUAAGUUAUAGUGUCCAGUUUACGAAUAAAUUAGAUAACUUGUUAAUAAAAACAACUUGUCCAUAGUAACAGCCCAUUAUCAAAAUAUUAUCAUUAAUCCUGUAAAUUUUAUGCAGUGAAAAAUUUUAAAAACGCACAACAAAUUUUAUAAAAUGAAAUAAAAUAUACAUUUAAAAUCUCAAAAAAAAUGUAAUAUUUAAUGGUUUUUAAUUUAAUUUUUGUAUUUAUUUUGAUAUUACUGAUAUUAGUGUAUUAUAUACUUCCAAAUUUAUUUAGUUAAUUAUAUUAAUGUAAUUAUUUAAUAACAAGAAUUUCUUUAGAAAAAAUUAUAAAAAUUUUGAAUAAGCUGAUUUCUGCAAUAUUGCCUUAUUUUAUUAAAUUUUUCUUUACUUAACCUGUGUACAGCUUGUGUACAAUUUUAUAAAAUUUAAAUUUGAUGUAUAGACAGCCUGACAAAAUAAUAAAAACUAACUUGUAACUAUUUUAAUUCAAAUAAUAAAUAUCUCUCUUUAAGUUACUCUUGUACACCCACAAAGAGUAACUUGUUAAAUUACGAGUUAUAAUACAAUUAAAAAAGUAACUUACAAGUUAAAAAGUUACUAAUUUUUGUAACUUUGUUACUAGUUACUGUCCAGCUUUGAGUUUCAGCGGGGACAUCAUUUGUAUAGACACAGCAUGUGAAUAGUGUUCCACUACUCUCCCUCUAAUCAAACUUAAAAGUGGAAUAUUUUGCCAACGGGUCGACAGAAAUCAGAAACGACAACAUCAAAAUUUAUUUAAAUUAAUAAUCCAUCUAUUUUAUGGCAUUUUUAGUAUAAUAUGUUGCCAUUUAAAAAUCAAAAGUAGAUAGUGUUAAUUCAAUCUUAAAUUUAGGAUGUCAAAAUAUAACCAUAAUGUAACAUUUUAGAUCUACUUGUUUCUUAAAUGAUCUAAACACUAAUUAUGAAAAAAGUAAAUAUUUUCUGAUAUAAUAAUUAUCUUACGUUAUGUUGAUCAUCCUGUGUAGGUACCUAUUACCCUAGUUACCCAAAUACUCGAGCAAAAUAUGAUCAGUAUUUAAUACUGUACUAGUAUAUUGUUCUAAAAAUUUUAAUGUAUUACACAUUCAUAUCCAAUGAAUAGUUUCUUAGUAAUAGCCGUUUUAAUUUCUAGAAAAUAAGUGUGAAAUUUAAUAUUAAUUGUAUUCACACUUUUUUUUAUUAUUAUAUUGCACUCAUUAUCUCGGAAAGUAUUAACUUUUUUCGGAAUUUUUAUUUAUCAUCUUUAUUUUCGGAAGUAAAACCACUAUCUACUUUUAAUUUUCAAAUAGCAACCUUUAAUACAAAUUCUAUAAAUAUGGAGUAUUAGUUAAAACAAAUUUUGAUGUUGAAAUUUUUAAUUUCAAUUCUUGUUUGUUAUCGCCCCGUUAGUACGCCUUUAUAAAUUUAUCACCCCGCCAAACAAUACAAAAAACUGUUAACCGCACCUAUAAUUUGGUUGAUAUAGAUACAGGAUCACACACUCAACACAUUAAGAGGUUGUGAGAUUCUGCUAAAUGGGGAAAUAAAAAGUGUCGUGGAACCAAAAGAAAUGUUCUGGCAGAAUCCAUGUAGAGAACGAUGCGUUUGAAACUAUCUUAAAAGAUGUUUCUGAGUUUUGAUAAUUUUAACUAUAUUAUACGAUAUCAUUUUUGCUAUCAUAAUAUACAAUUUAAUUAAUUCAAUAAUAAUAUUUUGUUUACAAUUUUACAUUUUUUCUAUAAUAUAUACACAAUUUAAUUAUGUAUACUUUUUUUUUGUAUUGUCUGGCGGGAUGAUAACAAACAAGUACCUAAAUUUCCACCAAUCCGUUAACGAGAUAUUCCACUUUGGUUUUGGUCGGGGGAGAAUAGUGGUACAUUACCAAAACGCCGUGCACUUCCCAGUGGUCAGAUUAAUUUAUUUACAUGCCAAAAAGUCUCAGUUUUGAAUAUUAUUUUUAAUUUUUUUUAUAAAUUCUUUGGAAUUUUAAUAUUAAGUUUUAAGUUCCUAAGUACAUAUUUUAAUAUUCUGCAGUCUUUGGAAAAAGAUAUUUCUAUAAUUUUAUCUUUAUUAAACAAAACGUAUAAUUUUAGAUUCUGAGUGUAGCGAAAAAUGUAUUGGUUUUAGAAAGUUGUUUUUUUUUUCUAUUUUUUUUGAUGAGCACCAAAAAUUCUACUGAAAAUCUUACUUCGAUAUUUAUGCGUGACACCAUUUUUGAAAGUAAAUAUUGCCCAGGUGGUACUUUUGGGAGAUGAUUUUUUGAUUUUCGAAGCGGUUUUCAUAAUAUGAGAAAAACCAUGAUAUAAUAACGUAAGAAAAACGGAAAAUUUACAUAAUGCUUUUAUUAUUUUUUCCAUUUUGUUAAUUGUUGUAAUUUAGGUAAAAAUAUUCGUAUCGAUUUUAUAAACUUAAAAUUUGAACAAAAAUACUUAAUACAUUUAUCUUUUCUAGACGUGGUAAAAUUUUCAAAAAAAUCAAGCCAUUUUUGAGCUGUUUGUAGACAUUUUAAUUUUUUGAGUUUCAAACGUAAUUUUUAUUUGGUACUUACUGUGUGGUAAAAUUGUUAGAUUUAACGAAAAUGCGUGAAAAUUUUAAAAGAAAUUUAUUAAAAGUCUUACAUUGUGGUAAAAAAAAAAUUUAGUUUAAUGAAGUAUUUUUUUUUGUGAAGAAAUUUUAACAUCAAAUUUUGACGAAAAUUGUUUGAGUAAAGAAUAACCUAUAUAGAACAAAUUUAAAUUUUCAAUAAUUUGUUAUGAACAUAUUAUGUAUAUUGCCGAUUCAAGAACAAUAGUAAAGUCAGAAUUUAGCGGAAUGACUAAGUUUCGAAAUUAUAGUUAUUUGAAGUUUUGAUAUUAUUUGGAUAUUAUAAGAAAUAACUCUAUAUUGUAUUCUUCAAAGAACGUUUUUCGUGGCUUAAUGGUUAUACAUACCUAUUGACACCCUAGGGAUCGCGAGUUCAAACAUGAGUUUCGAAAAAAAUGUUUUGGGUGUACCUAGAGACGCAAACUAUCAUUCGUUCGGACUAUUUUAAUCGAAAAAUAUCUCUCGAUUUGCCAUGCAAACUUUUCUACCAGAAAUAUUGUUCUGAUGUAUCAAGUGUAGUUAAUUUUCUGAGAGGAAAUAUUAUCUACAUGGUACUUUAGGGAGUUCAUUUUUUGAUUUUUCAAGCGGUUUUCAUAAUAUCUGCGAAAACCCGAAAUGAAAUGUCGGAAAAACAGAAAAUGUACCUAAUAUAUAUAUAUAUGUUUUUUUCUUUUUUUUUUCUGUAGAUAACUUUUAUACCAGCAAUUUUGCUCCGAUUACUUGUUGAGUUAUAGAAAAAAUACUAAUGCAGACUUGUUCCAUAAUAUGGUAUUUAUUUCAUCCGACCCAUACGAAUCAUCAAUUCGAAACUUACCAGCAAUAUGGAGACAAGAACUCUCUGAUGUCGUAAAAUUAUUAUUAACAUUAUAGCACCAAAAGAAAAAGACGAUUUAUAUCCACCCUUUAGCCGUUUAUAUCUAAUAUAAUUGUGUACAUAUUUUAAUCAAUUUAUCCAAUAACAAAAAUAGGCUCCUUACUUGCUAAAUACGUACCUUCUAACCUUCUAAUCUUCUACCUAACUUCUAAUAUAAAUAAAAUUCAUAAUCAAUAUAAUAUAUAUACAUAUAUAUAAUCAUAAUAUUAUAUACCUACGUAUUAUAAACAGUUUUAUGAUAAUUCACAUCUUCUAAUAAUAAUAAUUGUUGAACCCCGAAAUGAUUAACUGGCGUGAAACAUAUAUUUUAAAAUAUCUCACAAAAUCUUUAAGUAUUCACUUUUAUUUAAAAAGCUAAAAAAUAGCGUAAUUUUUAGUUACGAUCUAGAAAAGUAGAAAAAACACUGAAAUGCAUGUUUUUUUAAACUAAAGGCUUAUAAAAAUGUCAAUUAUUUUCCUAACCUUACAUAAUAAUAAUUUUCAAUAUGUUCACAAUAUUUAGUUUUAAUUGAUAUGUGAUAGGUUCAUCCUGUUCGGAUCUAUGCUUCUUGAUUAUAUUAUUAUUGCUUAAUUUAUUAUUAUAUUAUUUUAUAAGUACUUAUAUUAUAACAUUAUCAAUAAUUUUAAUGGGAUUUUUUGAUUUUGAACUAACGUUUUUUUUUCCGUAGUUUGGAAGUUACCUUAGAAAUUUACAAUUUAAUUCUAAACAAAUAUGAAUUCUUUUCUUCCAAUCUACUUUAAUAUUUAUUAAACCUCUCCUUUGAACUUCUUUGUUUGUUCCACUUAACAGCCAACGAAGUCUAGUCAUUUCAAGUUGAAUACUAAUAUUUAAGUACUCGUGUUAUUAUAAAUAAUAAUAUUUUAACAUAUACAUUGUAUUAUGGUAGGUAAUUUCAUUCGCAACGGUUGGUAGUACAUUUUCGUUUUCGAUUGUUUUCGGAUUGUUAUUAUCCUUAUCAUUUCCGGGCUAUUGCUGAUUUCCCCCUAUGGAUAAGAUAUGAUUUUAAUUGAGUCAAUUUGUUUACAAUGUAAUAAGUAAUACAAACAUUAUCAAGAUGUGUAAAACUAUAAAUGUGUAAUAUGUAAAAACAAAUAACAAAAUUUAAAAUUUAAAAUUGAAUACUUUUUAAAUAUCUAAAUAAUUAUUUUAUUUUUAAAAUUAACAUAGUUAUUAUAUAUUAAAACAAUACAAGCGUUUAAACUUUUACAUUUUAUUUGUAUACUUCUUAUUUAAAUAUUUAUCACCAGAACUUCGAAGUAUUUUCUUAAUCAUGGUUAAAGUAAAUUAGUUAUGUUUAUUUUGCUCUAGUUUUUUGUUUGUUGAUAAUUUAUUUCAAGUGUUUAUUAACAUAACAACGAAUGUUAUAGUUUUGUUUCUGUAGUAGAGGUUUUCCUAACAUAGGGUUUUUAUAAUAGUUGGGAAAAUCCUCAAAGAAAAUAAUAGGUAAAACAGCAAAUAUUUACAGCAUUGCCGUUUUCGUUUUAAUGUUUUUACAAAAUAUAUUUUCUAUCAGAAAAAUUGCUUUAAUUAAAAAACAACAAGAGACCUUAUUUUUAUAUUUUGGUCACGAAAAAAGUGGUUUUUUGAUUUUCUUUGUAGUUUUCCUAAUAAACCGAAAAAAUAAAAGUACAAUUGAUCUAUACAUAAAAAGUUUGUUUAAAAAUCAUAGGUACCUACAAGCUAUACAAAUAUAUUUGUAUACAUGUAAUGAUAUAAGCAAUAUAUUUUAUUACAUUUCCGUUGAUUUUUAAUAUUUUAAUAUUCCAUAACAAACAUUAUUGUAUUAUAUUACGUAGUUAUAGACUUAUAGUUUAUAUCUUACUUUCUAACUAUGGUUUCUAAUGAUAUAUAGGUAUUAUUAUUGUACCUAUUCACGGUUAUGCUUACGGUUAGCUAGGUAGGAAGGUACCGAUUUGUUGCAUGCCAGAUCGAAGAAAAAAUGUUAUGAUGAAAUAUCGAAACUGUUAUUAUUUGUAGUGCUGGUAUAUGUAUUGAAUGAGUGUGUAUAAUACGUACACAUAUAUACAGUGUGUCCUCGGAAACAUGGAAUACUUAAUAACUCUGUACUUUACACAUAUUUUUGAAUUUGGUUUUCGGAAAACGAAACUGUACUACUGGGCCAUUAUUUUUUCAAACAUAAAAUUUUUUUAACUUGUUUAUACUGUGCAUGCGCAACGCAACUUCUUUCUCUUUUUUAAAUGGGAACCUUUUUAAAAAUUUUUUGGAAAAAAGAUUUUUUUUAACUACAAAAACUAUUAACUAUGAAAACUACAAAAAAAAAAAAAAAUGUUUACUAUAAUUUCAUUUAGCUCUUAUUCAGUCAGUUUUAAAUUUAGAUUACGAGUUAAUACAUCAAUCUGGCUUGAAAAAAUACGACCGAUUCAAAUAUGAUUUAAAAAAUGGAGGUUCCUAUUAAAAAAGAAAAAAGUUGCGUUGCGCAUGCACAGUAUAAACAAGUUAAAAAAAAUUUAUGUUUGAAAAAAUAAUGGCCCAGUAGUACAGUUUCGUUUUCCGAAAACCAAAUUCAAAAAUAUGCGUAAAGUAUAGAAUUAUAAAGUGUUCCCUGUUUCUGUAGACACCUGUAUAUAUUAGAUACAUCACAAUUUAUAAUAUACGUACGUGUGGUAUGUAUGUAUGUGUGAAGUUGUAGUCGGUUAAAUCCCCUCACAGGUUGCAACGGUGGCCGGCAAAUUUUCGUGAUAUCGCGAGGUCAUUGACGACGCUAGCAGGUUGGCGAGAAAACGGCAUUCUUAUAUUAAUAUUAUCGCAUUCGGUGGGAAUGAUAAUUAUUAUGGUUAAUGAAAACAAUUGACUCGAUUACGAAAACGUCGACGACAAACAACGGUAAAAAUGUUGAGUGGGACGCACGUUUUGAAUACUAUACGAGUGUGUGACCUAUUGUAUUUUUUGUGUGUAUAUGAGUGUAUGAUGUAUAACCUGGCUUCAUAAGAGAACAGAAUUUAAUUUUCUCCAAAAAACAACUUCAAAAAAAAAAAACCUUUCCAAGAGCUCAUAUAAAAAUAUAAUAAUGUUUUACCAUUCAAUAUUUUUAUUGAAAUAUUUGAUAACGCUUAAAAUAAGUAGGUAGGUAUAUGAAAUACCUUAGGACGCGUAGGUAGGUACCUAUAUACAAUUAAUUUUUUUAUAUUCAUUUUAGCGAAACUGUAAAUUGUUACUAACAUUUCAUAAGGUAGUAUGUAAAGUAUAACUUGUAUCGACUGGUUUUUUUAAAAUAAAACCCUCGUGUUGAAUUCCGUUCCUUAUAGUGAUAAAAAAGGUUAGGCGGAUAUUGUUCGAUUCUAUAAUAUAAUGAAAUAGAUACUUAUUCCAUAAAUCUAACAUAAUAUCGUUGGUUUUACCCAGCAAAAUCUAUAAAGUUGUUUUUUUGUGUCUGUAAACAACUUUUCUAUCAAAAAAUAUUUAUAUGAGCAUAAAUGUGUCAUUUUUGAUCUAGUCCGUGAAUUUGUUUUAUUUUUAUUGAAGUUUACUUAUCACAGUUUUGUAAAACUUAGUCUUUGUUUAGGUUUUCUUGCUAGAUGACAAUAUUUGGUAUAAUGUUUAAUACAAAAAAUAAAGAAAAAAAGAUUUAGAAAUAUACGAGGCUAAUCAAAAGUAUCGAGAUAGAAUAAUAUUACUCAGAAAUCAAGCGUUGAAGAGCAAAAUGAUUUGUAAUCCUGGCUUCUAUAGCUUCUACUGAGCACAUCCGAAUGUCUAUAAACUUCUUCAUUUUGAGUCGAUGAUAUUUUUCAUGUUUGGCGAUUUUGUAAUGAAACCAAAAUAAGCAAAAGUUGCUGCCAUUCGAGAGCGCAUCUGCAGUUUUUCAAUUUAAAUUUAUUGGUGCAAACUAUGAAAUGUUGCAUCUCUCUGAAAUUGAAAAAAAAUGCUGACAAAUUUUCUAAAAUCUCCAAAACUGUCAAGUUGCUCUUUGGAUUCAUUACAAAAUCGCCGAACUCAAAAAUUAUAUUUUACAAAAAUAUCGGUGAAAUCAAACCGAAUAAGUUUAUAGAGAAUCAAUAAAACCAGAUGUACUCAGAAAAAGUCAUAGAAGCAAGUGAUACCAAUCCUACUGCUCUCCGAUGCUCGGUUUCCGAGUAAUUAUACUACCAGUGUUGAUACUUUUUAAUUAGCCCUCGUAUAUUAAAAAUGGGUCGUCCGUGGUCACUAUGUAGUAACUAUAGGUAUAAGUUUCUAUUAGUUCAAAAAUCUCCUCUUUAUUUGUGGUAACACAAAGAAUAAACAAUUUUUAAAUAUAUAAAAAGUUGAGCUUAAUAAUUAUGUUAUUAUCUUCUUCCUGAUGUCUGGAGGGAUUUGGAGUCGUGAAUCUGAGAAUGGUGACGAGAUCAAUAAAUUAGAAAUAUAAUAUCGUUUCACCGGCCUACGAUGUUGAAAAUCUAGGGUAAAUACCUACAGUAGAUAUCCUCACGUGAUUCUGGAGUCGUUCAACGGUAGCCACAAUUCAUUUAAAAUAUCCUUAAUUAAGUAUUCAACACUUCGAAACUGCGUGCACUGAGUUAACGAUUAUUAAAACAAAAGACGGAUAUACUUCGCACGUGGGUAGACCACUGUUGUAGGUGAGAAAUUGGGAGAGUAGUAAAGGUGAAAUUUAACCAUUGCUAACGAAAAAACGAUUCUGAAUGGAGAUCGGUUGAUAGUAUUGCUUUGAAAACGGGAAAAUGUACGAAAUAUAUUCGUAUGAUAUUACGAUUUUUUUCUGUGGACAACUUUUCUACCAGCAAUUUUGUUCCAAUUUUCAAUGGUAGCAAUUUCACUGGGGAGGUACUUUAAAGAGGUCAUUUUUUGAUUUUCUCAAGAUUUUUCUCGUCGAGUGUACAAAACGGGGAAAAAACAUAGGAAAACCGGGGAAAUCGACACAACAUUAAACAAAUAUUAUUAAAGAAAAUAUAUAGAGUCUAUUUAAUUAUUUUACUAUAAUAUGGCAUAUAUAUUGUUGACAAAGCAUCACUAUCAAUUGAACUCCGCUCAGAAUCGUUUUUCGUAAGCAAUGAUUUUUUGUUAUUUACAGGUAUACAUUAAAUUACCCAUAACAGUGGCUGCACUCGUCUCUAUUAUCCUAGGACGUCUUUUUUUUUCUUUUCUUGAUACUCGUAAUUAAUAUAUUCAUCGGUACUUAAUUAAAUGUCAAAAUUUUAAAAAUCUCGAAUUUAUUCUCUUCGAAACAAACCCGGAUUUACGACGUUCACAAAAAAAAGAGUUAUAUUUUAUGUGAGUAGCUUAUUAAUGGCUUAUUAAUUCGGUAUUUCAAGUCCUGUUUUUAUUUAAUUUUGAUAUUUCCCGUUCGUUAAAAUAAUAAUAAAUUCCUUGCUAUACGGAAGUUAGCGUCGUUUUUUUCGAUUUUCUAUUUAUUUAUCUACAUGUUAUUAUUAUUAUAAUUUGUCGUCUCUAUAUGUGAAUAAUAUUAAUAUUGUGUUAAUAUUUUUUUUAUUGGCUCGAGACAUGUUUUACAAUAUUAUAAAAUUGCGUGUAAUAAUUAUUGUUAAACUAAAAACUCGUAGCUCAGGUGUCCCGUUCGAAAUCUAACCUCAUGAUGUAUAAUGCCCUGUUGUUAAAUCAUAGCUGCUUAGAUGACUGCAUCGUGAUUGUUUUGUCAAUAAUCAUAAAUUUGAUUUAAAUGUUUGUGGCACUCUUACUUCUACUCGUAUAGUCCUAUGUAUUAAUAUAUGAUAAAUUUAAGUACGAAAUACGUAUACAUUUCUAUCUAGGUAUAUACUUAAUCGAUGAAAAUUCAUGAGUUAUAUAUAUUUAAAUUUUCGAAAUUAUAUAGAAAUUAUAUAGACAUUGAUAUUUGAUAGUUAUACUAAUAAUAAUUGCAUAUAAUAUUUUAAACAUAAUGAUUACAGGUGAUCAACGACUGUCGAAACGAAAGUUUAAACCUGUACGUGGAGUUCGGCAUUGCAAUGAAAAACGUGUUUGAUAUUCAGGUGAAUAUUUUAGUAUACACUUACAUAUUAUUAUUAUAAUAUUUGACAACGAAAAAUAUUGAUGGAUAUAUUUUCAAUAUGUGGGUACGUGUUUUAGUACCUAUUAUAAAUUUACUGUCGUAGUAUAUUAUUAUAUUGAACUUAUAUCAACUAUGAGCAUACUAUAAACCUAUUCUUCUUAUUUGUUUUGCAACCGUGUGUAAUGUUUUUAUGACAUAGAUACCUAUCGUUAAAAACGAAAAAAAAACCUAAAAUAUUCCGUGUUAUACGUUAUAAAUUUAACUGCUUAUAUUUUAUCGUACGUACCCCUACACGAAAUGUUCGUGAUUCGUAAUUUUGUACAAAUAAAUAAUGGAUGUUACGAUGCGAUUACUGUGGAAUUAAUAAAAUACUCAUCCUGUUGUUUAAAAUUUGAUUUUAAAUUAAUAAUUCUAAUUUAGAUUUGUCGUUUGUAAUAUUAUUCAGCUGUCCUGUCCUUGUCAAUCUAAUUAUCCCCUUAUCUUUUUUCUACCUUUUAAAAUAAAUCUUUUCAAAAACCGAAAUCAUUUAAAUAAAUGUUUGUAGGUACCUAAAAUACUGAAAACCCUGUGUGAGCCACCCUUUUAGUGUUUAAAUUUCGGAAAUCCUGCUUUCUGGUGCAUAAGGACGUGUCCAUCUGUGUCUGUAUGUAAAUUUUCAGGCAUUUGCGUGUGGUAGAUUUAGCUAUGGAUCGCGUACGCACUUUACUUUUAUUAAUAUAGAAUAUUAUAUUAGAAAAUUUAUUUCUAACUUAAUUAAAUAAUGUAAUAAAUGAUUUUCAAAUAAAAUAAAAUUACCCAUUAUAAUUAAUAACGUUUUAAGAAAUCAAUUUCUGUAAUAGACAUAUUGAUAUUAGUUUUUUUAAAUAAGAAUUAAUAUAAAUUAAUUAAAAUAUGGUAUAAAUAAUUACCAGUGACUAAGUACUCGGUAAUAAGUACUCGAUUAGUUUUAAUUAUUAAUCAUGUAGGUUAAUUUUUAACCUUAUAUUUUAAACUUUUAUAAAUGUUGUGUAUCGUUCCAAUAUUGUGUAUUUUUAAUUUUAGGCGGCUAUUGCCGUUAUUCAAUACCAAGAAACCGGACAGCCUGUUUACAAGACGAAAAAUUGGAACCUAAACGCUAUAUGUGAAAAGUAUGGCUUACCAAUAAACCCGUCUAAAGAUCAACUGAGAACAUUGCAUAAAAAAGACCAAAGGUAUUGGUUACGAAGGCCACUGUCCAGAGAUAUGCUCGCCUACGCCGUUAGUGACGUACUGACUUUCAUGCCCCAAUUAUAUUAUACCAUGUCUGCGUAAGUAACUUAAUAUUAUAAAUAAAAAUAAAAAACAUGACUGUAGGUAACUUUUUUAUUUGAAAGUAUUUUAGAACUGCCCUAGAAAAUAUUCUUCACUUUAUGUUUUAUUUUAGUUUCUGAGUGGAGCGAGGAAUGUAUUGGUUUUACUAUGAUGUUUAUUUUAAACAUGGUAAAUAAUUAUUGAAAUAAAUAUUUCGAUAAAUAAAAAAUGUAUAUAUAGAAAUGAAAAAUAAAAUGAAUGAAUGCGUUGCCUGGAGUAUUAUAAGUAUAUUAUAAAUUGAAAUUAAAAAUUCUUCAUCAGGUAUAUCACAGUCAAAAUGUAAAACGCGACUACUAUAAGACAAAAUAUUAUAUUAAUACAUUUUGGUGUCAAAAUGAUUGAUUUCUGACAGUCCGUUAAGGAGAUGUUUUACUUUUAAAUUUAGAUAUGGGAGAGUAGUGGAGUACUGAAGUAUCAUUUGUGUGGUAGCACGGCCCGCGGUGUUUUAUUAGUGCUCUACUACUCUCCCCCUACCUAAACUUAAAAGUUAAAUAUCUUGUCAUCGAGUUGACAGAAAUCAAAACUUUUGCAAAAGUUAUAUACAAAAUUAAUCAAAAAAAAACUGACACAAUUCACAUUGGUACAGCCAAUAUUGUAGGUGGGAAGUUGGAAGGUAAGUUAGAAAUAGGAAUUUAAUGUAUAUCUGUAAGCAAUGAUAAACCAUUGCUAAUGAAAAACGGAAUUUGAUUAUUUAUGUUUUGAAAUGCAGUAAUAUUUACGAUUUGAAAAUAUUACAUUUAGGACAUUUUCCUAUUUUUUUCUCCAUUUAUUAUGAAAACUCUUGGGAAAAUCAAAAAAAAACCUCCCUAAAGUACUACUCCAGUUAAAUUUUGUCAAAUUUCCUUUCAGAAAAAAUGCUACAAUUCAAAAUCAAAGCAAAAUUUCUAGUAUACACAUUAAAAAAAUAUAUAUAUUUCACAACUACAGAGAAAGAAGAAUAAAUUAUUAAUCAACAUUUCAUCUGAUUCUUCGUUACAAAUAAAAUUGUCUUCAUUGCCACAUUUAUGGUUUUGGAAUAACAUUAAAGAUGAAUACCCUGAAGUUGCUAACAAAGCUUUGGGUGUAUUUUCUUAUUUAUUAUGAAAACUCUUGGAAAACCAAACAUUUACCUCCCUAAAGUACCACCCCAGUAAGUGUUAAACUUGAAAAUCGGAUCAAAAUUUCUAGUAUAAAAGUUGUUCACAGGAAAAAAAAAAACAAAACAUCACUGUAAAAUCAUAGACUUCUUUGCUCUGUUCAGAAUCUAAAAAUGUACAUUUCAAAUAUUUUAAAUAAGAAUUAAAAUUUUAGUGGGAUUUGGACAUGUAUUUAACUGUAGGUGUAAAUAAUUUUUACCUCCUAGGUAAAGAACUAAAUCCACCACUGUCAGAAACCAUCUUUUUAACUCAAUAUUGCCUUCUUUUUUUUUUAUCACCCAGGAGAAGUGAGUAUAUAUUAUUAUAUUCAUGGAAAUGAGUUAGUAUUUUGGCGGCACCUCUAUAAGAAGGCGCCUUUAAAGAAGUUAUAAUAUUUAAUAUGCUAUUCAUCACAGCUAUAUAACCAUAAUCCACCAUAAGACGAACAAAAGAUCUACUACUUAUUAGAAUUAUUACGUAAACAUAAACAAGCCAAGAAAAAACGAUCCACCUAUCAUCCCCCACCUUUGGAACCGCAGUGGUUUAGCGUCCUGUUAAUUUGUUGUUUUUAAACUAUUAUUUAAAUAUUCUCUUGACUGAAAUAUUCUACAAUUUUAUAACACUGUAGCCUGUAAGGUACUUAUACUAGUGCAAUUAUAUGAGGAGUUAUUGAAACCAUACAGUUUCACAUAACAUUUUAGAUGCAUUUAGUUUGCAUUUGUAAAUUAUAUCAGUUUAUAAAACACAAGUACAUAGUUACUGUAUAAUAUUAUGGAAUUUCAAACUGUGUAUAGGUUCUUUUUUUCUUCUAAAAUAGGUUUACUAAUUCCUUCAAAAUAAUUUUAGAUUCGAAGUGUAUUGAGGGAUAUAUUGGUUUUACUAUGAUUUGUGUUUUUCCUUUUCUUUUUUUUUUUUAUGUCUGUAAUCAACUUUAAAAAGAAAUCUUUUUUCGAUGUAUACUGUAUCAACUUUUCUGAACGUUUUCUCUAACUAAUGCAUUUUUUGAUUUUUUAAAGGUUAAGUUAGAAUUUUCAAAAUAAUUGGGAAAGCCCUCCCUCCCUUAAUAAAAAAAUACUUUUUUUUUCAUAUUACAGCGCAACAAUUCCAUAUUUUCUGAAAGAAAAUUUUGUCUAGUUUGUAAGUAAGAAUCAUUUGAUAUUCUCGUGUUUUUAUGUGUAUUUUUAUUUGAUAUAUAUCUGUUAUUAAAAUUAUAUGACUUAGAGAAAUGCUUGAAAAUUGAAUGUAAGGAAUAUUAUAAAGUUAGUGAUAUAAAAAAACAAAUUUGAGUUAGAAUUUGAAUUGCUCUGAAUUUCUAGAGAAAUAUCUUUAUAUUUUGAGCGGAGCGAGGAAUGUAUUAGUUUUACAAUGAUGUUUAUUUUUUUCCUAUGAACAACUUUUCUUCCAUAAGUUUCACUCUAAUUUACAAUAAUAGCACUUAUAUUUGGCGUAUUUAUAUAAAUUAAAUAACUUUGUGUAUCCUACCUUCACAAAGCUUCUAAUCCCCUUGCCAAAUCAAACCUAAUUUUCAUAUCUACAUUAGUACCCAUCAGCAUUAUCAGUUAUUUUUAUUUAAAUUCUACAAAAAAUGUACCUACCUACUUUGUUAGAAAUAAAUUAACUGUAAAGCUGAGCUAAAUUAUUCAAUACUAUAUGUAUAUCCCAGCACAAGCUUGGCAUGUAGGGGGUGCUACAAUUUAAUUUAUGUGUAGUAUCUAUUAAAUGUAUCAUCCAGUGUCGGUCUGGCUCAUGAUUGGACCCCCAUAGAUCUUUUAUAAUAAUAAUCACAUAAAAUAAACAUAAUGAUUCUGUUCUCUUGCAAUAUGACUUAAAUACCCUAUCAAUCUAGUGUAAACAAAACUAUUUAUUGUUAAACAUUGUUGAAUAUAAAGUAUUAUUUAAAUGAUAUUUUCCUCAUCAUGUAUUUGAAAAUAUUGAUUUAGGUAUUACGUUUGACACAACUUUCUCUUUUUAUAGUCAUUAUUUAAAUAUCUCAAAAAAAAUCACUAUCCACUCUUGGAUUUAUUACUAGGACAUAUAAGGAUUUUUCAAAUCCCUUUACAUUAAAAACGAUUUAUUUUUAUUUAGUAUGCUCUACUUUUGAAUAUAAUUCUAUUAUCUGGUCUCCUGCAAAUUUUCAUAUACAAUGUUUCGAAGCAAUACAAAAUCAUUUCCUUCCUUCAUUUUAUAUCCUACAAAUGUAGUAUUCCAUUGAAACCACAUUCACUAUAUAAGCUGUUAAUAAACACAUUAAAUAUGAAUAGUUAUUCGUAGAAACAUACUUGAUUUGAAAUUCCUAUUUAGAUUGUCCAGAAUGACAUAGUUCUAUACAUUUUUAUGUCCCUCAACGACCAAUUAGGUCUAAUUAUACUUUUCACAAUCACUUGCACCUAUAUAUAACUAUGUCAUAAAUGCUCCUUUAAAUAGAUCCACUAGGUUAACUAAUGAUGCCUAAGUUGAUUUUUUAAUUUCAACUCUAUUCAGUCUUUCUGUAGUUAAUUAAUUAGAUGUUAUCAGUUACUAAAUUUAUGUUUUUAUUAUAAUCAUUAAUUUAUAGUAUAUUAUUAUUUUUCUACUAUUUCACUUAUGAAUUACUUGUUACUCUAUUUUAUAUUAUAAUUAUGUAUUAAUCUCAUCUAUUUAUCACUCAUAUUCACAAUAUGAAUUGAGCUUAGCCUAUUUAAAUUAUAAUAAAUAAAUAAAUAAAAUAAUAAUGAUAUAAUAAUUAACAGAAUACAAAUAAUUUGGAGUAAUGAAACUGAUAUAAUUAACAAGAUAAAAUAAUAACCUCUGUAUUUCUCAACUAAAUGAGGCUAGUUAAUCAAUUAUUUCAUUUUUUGUAAUAGUUAUAUUUAUUUAAUUAAAUCAUUUUCUAUAUUAUAUAAGGACAUUAGUAGUUCAAAGUUUAUUAGUAUCUCAAGAUAUUUUUGACUAAUUGAUGACCAAAGAGUGUAGCGCUUUUUCUGAAAGGAAAUUUGACUGUAAUGGUACUUAGGGAGGUAAUUGUUUGAUUUUUCAAGCUAUUUUCAUAAAAAAUGAGAAAAACUGGGAAAAUGUAUGAAAUGAAUUAUAUAUGUUUUUACAUUUUUUGUUUUGUUUUGAUUCAGUUAAAAAUUUUAUAGGGACUUACAAUUUGGACAGAAAAUUUAUAUUUGUCUUUUUUAGAUAUGGUAAAAUGUUCAAAAUAUUGUAACCAUUUUUGAGCUAUUUAUGGAUAUUUUAAUUUUAUAGAUUUUUUUACGUACAAUUGAUGUGAUCCUGUGACCCCUAUUUUAAGAAUAUAUUUCAGGGUUCCCGGCAAUUGCUGGGUAUCUGGGUGAGCCAGACCGACACUGAUAUCACCUGUUUUUUUUUGUUAAAUGUAUAUUGAAUAAAUAAAAUUAUAUAUAUAUAUAUAAUGUGUUUAUUAUGUAUUUAAUUGUCGUUAAUUUAGAUUACUUAAAAGAAAUGUAUUUUAAUAAUACAGUUUAAAUAAAUAUAACAUUAUUCACACACACACAUGUUGUAUUUACUAAAUCUUUUGGCAUACUCUGUAUAAAUAUUUAUUGUGUACAGUGAAACUUUUAUAUACCAGACACUCUUGGUUGCCAUCAUUUUGUCCAUUAUUUAGAGGUGUUUGUUAUUCAGAGAGGAAAAAAAUUCUCAAAAAUAACUCUGAGAAUUAAUAAUUAUGUACAACAUUUAUAUAUGUAAUGUCUACAUUAAUUAUAUAUGUAAUAAUACUAAUGAAAAUGUAAAUAAAAAUUAUCAUUUAUUAAAUAAAUCAGUUACUUUAGAUUGUUUAAGACCUUGCUGUGCCAUAAAAUUUCCAUAAACAUGACUGUAAUUUAGACGUUUUCUGAUAUAAAAGUAGUGAAAAUGUCCUUGUGACCGAAAAAUUGUCCGCUAUUUAGAAGUGUCCGUUAAGGGAGUUUUCACUGUAUUUACAUAAUAUUCUAUUUAUAAUGUAAUAUUAUAUGUAUAGUUAAAUAAAAUAUGGAAGAACAUUUUAUUUUAAAUAAAAAGUAUUAUUAUUAAUUAACAAAUAGUUAAUAAACCUCUGUGAUGUGAUUAGUUUAAUAAAUUGUGAUAUGGGAAGUUGCAAUAAUUUUUUAAAAUUAAUUAUAGAUACUUAUUAAUAUGCAGCAAAUCUACUUAAUUAUCAAUUUAACAAUAUUUAAUAUAGGUAACUUUUGAAUAAAAGCUAUAUGCUUUGGAUCUCGUGAAUUAUUGUCAUUUGUUAAAAUGAUACCAAUAAAAUAAAUAAAUAUAUCUCCCUUUCUGAAAUAUUUGAAUGUUUUAAUUUUAUACAAAUCACUAGAUAUAUUAAAAAUGUAUUUUUGUAUGUAUUAUGUAUUUUUGAGAAAUAUUUAUAGUGUUACAAAUAAAAAUAAUGUAAAAUUAUUUGUAUGUUUUUUUUUUUUUUUUAGUUUAAUUCAUCCAUCUAACACUAAACUGCUUGAAGAGUUGUGCGAAGAACAAGCAUUUUUGUAUAUAGUACCGAAUAAUGUACAAAAACGUAAGCACCAGCGUAAAAUUGAUAACGAGUUACAAGUUCUUAAGGACAAAUUAUCCACCGAUAAUGGAAAGAAUGUUGUUCUUAGUAACAGAGAAUUAAGAUUACUAAGGUAUUUAGAUGAAUAUAAAAACAAUGUGGUAUUGACUUAAAGUACUAUUUAAAUGUGUUUUAUAUUUGUAGACAUUUAGAAUUGACUGAUGAAGACAAAGACAAGUUAAAAGGGUCCAUGAAAGUUGCAAAAAAGUUGGAAAAAAUGGAAGGAAAAAAUAUGUAAUAACUACUAACAAUAAUGAUUAUGCUGAUCCAUUGUAAUAUAAUGGUUUUAAAUGUAUUUUAGAAAAUGCAAUGGAGAAGAGUGUGAUUCUAAUGAGUUCCUCAGCUUAGACAGCAAUGUCAGUGGCAAAUCAACAUCUUCGGAAAAUUCAGCAUCUGGUAUGAAACUUGUAUAUUUAUAUAUUUUAUAUGUGAAGUAUACGAUUUGGACAUAUUUUAAAUUGGUAGUAUAGAAUAUAAAAUGUCCAUUGUAUGUAAGGUAAUAUAGAUUUUGUAUGUAAUAUUAAAUUUAGGGAUGAGCAGGAAGCUAAAUUUAAGAGGUGGGGAUCGGGAAAAUUUUUUCUUACACUCAAGAUUUGGGAUAAAUUCGGUAUUUAAAAAAGAAUGUAUAUAUAUAUAGUUCAAUUAGUAACUUAAUUAUUAUAAAUUUUAAUAUUAUUUAUGCCAUUAAGAAAUAUUGUUUUUUAUUUAUAUUUUAAUUUUUAAGCUAUAAAUCAUUAAUGUUUAUAAUUUUUGAUAAUUUUGGUGCAGAAAACCAGUCCCUCAACAUGUUGUGUUAUGAGGCAUGUUCUAUUGGUAGUAAAAAAGUUCCUAGGCUAAUGAAAACACCCUUCACUAGCAUUUUCAGUUGCUUGUAUACGUCAGUAGAUUCUUUGAAACGGAACCUUUGAAACUAGGGUACCUAGUAGAACAUGUAAAGAACAUAGUUAAUACACGAAAGUUAGAAAAUUAAUUUACAUUUAUACAAGUACCUUUUAUAAUUAUCACUUCACCAAAUAAAUUGGUCUUGACUUCUGUCAAUAGUAGGUUCAUCUGAGUAUGCUUUAAUUUGGUUUAGCACUUUUAUUAUAUCCAGUUCUUUGGUGCGUGGUAAUGAAGUUUUAGUAAUAUUAUCAAAUUUGCUCCAUCAACUACUGGAACUUAAUGAUGUAGUUAUAAAACUAGUAGGUAUGUGCUCAUUGAAGUCUUGAGAUUUUGGAGGAAGAGCAAUCAUAGCAUUGGAAAUAUUUUCUAUAUAUUUUUCCUUUGUAAUAUCUAAUUAAAAUUUAUAAAAUACUGCUUGCAUGACUUAAUAAUCACAUUUAAUAACUUAGUUAAAAUUUAAUCUUCCUAUAAAAUCUAUAUUGCCCGAAAUACAAUAAGCAUUUUAUAGCACCCGAGCAUUGUAGGAAAUGCCCAAAUUAUAUACUUUACUCACAACAUUAAAUAUUAAAUCCAUUUAGUGUAAUUAAAUUUUUCACAUGAUCCAAUUCAUGAACUUAGUUUAAAAUGUGUAAGCUGUUUUUAAGAUUAUUUGAUGGUCACAAAUUUUAAUUUUUUUGCGAAAUGUAGGUCAUUAUUUUACACCUUGUGUAGUUUUUUUUUAUUUAGACUAUAUGGAUACAUUUUGUGAAAUAGUCAUUAAAAAUAUCCAAAUUUAAUGGAUUUAAAUGAAGUACUUGUUUUCAUUAGUUGCAUAUAAGACUGAAACCGUUAAAAAAUAUAUUAUAUUAUUAUUAUUUAUUACCAAAAAUCAGAAAAAUAGUCAAUUUUAUCGGUUCACUCUUUGGAUUUUGUAAAAAGUUUAAUUUCUUAUUAAAUCAUGUGUAAAAUUCCUUAUACAUUUUUUGUAAAAAAAAAUUGUAUGUUUUUCCAAAAAUUAAAAAAAAAAUAUUUUGUAAAAGGUAAUAUUUUAGGAAAUUGGAUUAGUUUUUACUCUAUAGUGUCAUAAAUUUUGAAGAAACCAAAAACUUGUACAUACAUUUUAUUAUAGAGAAUAUUCUUAAUAAAAUGGUUUCUUGAUGAUUUUUAAAACAGAAUUAAAUUAUAAUAUUUAUUGUUGUGAACCUUUCAAUAUAUCUUUUCUAUGGCUAGAAUAUUUUGUACAAUAUUGUACAACCGAAAAAAAAAUGAUAACAAAUAAAUCACCCUAGUCAAAUUUUCUUAGUUGACAUUUAACAUAAAAUACAUACUGUUUUUUUGUAAAUUUUGUGUUAAAAUCUUCCAUAAACUUAACCCCCAUUAUAUGGCUGCACUAUUAUGUAUUAUGCUUAAAUGGAGUAAAACAUUUUUGGCCUUUAUAUAACCGGUCAAUAUUUGGCCAAUUUUGUCGAUUUUAGGUGUCAGUAAUAACUGUUAGAUUAUUAAAGUUAUUUUUAAAAAAUUUAUGAAACUUCUUCAAUUUUUAAAAUAUAUCUUUUUUUAUGGUCAUAUUUAUAAUUUGCAAGUCUAAAUGUAGUAAGGUUAAACUUAUACAAUUUUUGUGUAACUUUAAAAUUUGGUUGAUUAAAGAAAAAAAAACUAAUCCCAAUUUCCUAAAAUAUUACUUUAACCAUUUUAUUUUUAAAUACACGGAAAACCAUACAUUUUAUGAUAAUCCAUAAGGAACAUUUAUUUAGUUUACAAUAACAGUUUUGUUUGUUUUAUUUGUAACAUUAAUAUUUAAAACAGUGCGUAUUAAAAAUGAAAAUUUAUCCCAGAUUCUUAAAACUUUAACCCCUUUGAGGUACAGGAAAAAGUUGACUUAUCACAUUCAAGCUCAAUCUAAUUAUUUUUUAAUAUAUAGAACAAAGUUUGGGGUCCUCAUCAUCACGUUUUUUAAUUUUAACAGGUGAAUUUCAAUCUACUGUAUCAGAACAACCGACAAGUUUAACGGAAUCCAUCCAAAUAAUGGAUGAUGUAUUGACUGAUAAACUAAUAAACCAGUUGGUCAAAAUCGAACGUCUGGAAUCAUUAUUGACAAUGGCAAUGAAUACUGAACCACACCAACCAGAUAGUCUAGAAUGUUUAGAUACUUCAUCUGUGUGUUGCAAGUGUACGUGCCAUUUAUUUGCUACAGACACUGUUAAUAUGUCCACUCAAACUGAACCACUAUAAUAGUCGAUUAUUGUUUGAAAACGAGAAAUAUUUAAGGUGUAUUAUCUCAAAAAUGGCUUUUGAAAUCUCAUGAUCAGCCAUAGUCCUUGAGAUUAAAUGUUUAGUUUAUGGCUAGGUUUCAUAUUACUUUUAAUUUUGGUUGAAAAGUAGUAUUCUGAAAAUCUGAGUUCAUAAUAUGUACAUAAUAUCUAGAGAAACUAACAGGGUUGAGUCUGUACAAUUUCCGUCCAUAUUAUUAUGCCUGCUAUAUAUACAUAUAUUGUAUAAUGAUAUAGCAGAGUUUAUAUAUAAUACUAAAAAAUUUGGCAGCAAUAAAAAAGAAAAGAAACCGUCAGAUGGUUAGACAAAUUAGACUGAAAAAUAUUUAUUUUUUUUAAAAUUUGUGCUUAUUUCACAACGUGCCUUUGUAGAUUUUAAAUUAAUUAAUUAUAGUUGAAUUUGUUUGCUCAAACAUUAUUAACCUAACUAAAUAAUAUUAAUAAUGGUGUUGCAUAGAAGUCUUAAAAAUUAAACUAAAAAUAAUGAACAUGGUAAGCAAGAGUAUUGUGGAGAAUGAAAAUAAUAUUGGAAUGAUAAAAGUAUAUACAUGAUUUUAUUAUACUUUUACUAAGUAUUUUAAAACUGGCAAUCUGACAAUCAUUGAACAAUUUGUAUUGAUCAGGGGGACACCUAUGGAAACUAAAUGGCUUUAAUCCCUACUCCCCAAUAAAAAUUAAAAAAUAGAUAUAAUAACAUAAUUAACUAUACAAAUCAUAUAUUGAUAAUGGUUUUUUUAUCUGAAUUAAAAUAAUUUAGGAGCCCUCCUCCCAAAUAAAAAUUCUUGUCUACAGUCCUGUUGCUGUUGUGGGGUGUUAGAGCAGUGAUUCCCAACCGUUUUAUCGCAGCAAGAUAAUAACACACAUGAUAUUAUACUCUAUUUACCGUAAGUUGACCCACUCGCUUGAUGAAAACCCCCCCAAAAAAAACCCCUCUGUAUGCUCAAUUGUGGCGGCAGCCUGCUGCCUACUAUGACAGCUCUGAAGAUCACCGAACACCGCCAACCAAUCACAGACCACAGCGGCUUAGUAUACAUGCGUGGAAGCAAGUCAACUUAUGGUGAAUAGAGUAUAGUAUACUAGUUAGCAGAACACUGGUAUUUAAUUGCUGUGUUAUCUAGUAAAAGCAUUGUUUUCAUAAUAAGCUUUUAUAAAAUCAUUGGUAUUAAAACUAUAUACAUAAUUAACUUUUUCUGUUUGUUGAUUAAUCCUAUUUGUCUUCCUCGAAUGGUGAUGUAAACAAUUUGAAAUAUUGUAUAUACUGUUAACUAUAUUCUUAAAACCAUAUAGUAUUUAUUUAUCGUUGUCGAUAAUGUGUUACUAAAAUUUAUCCUUACUUUAUUAUUGUUAAAAAAAAAAAAAAAUGUAAAACAAAAAAAAUCUGUUGUUUUUUUAAUGUGAGUUACUCUUACAAGAAUAUUCGAGAAUAAUUAAAAUAAUUGUAUUAUUUAUUUUACUAACCAGAGUUAUUGAAAUAAAGUUCUCUAAGAAAUUGUUUAAUUAGUAUUUCACAAAUAAAUAAUUGUUUAGUAAGUUUGUAAUGCU